AUGGGCAUUCUUAUCUCCUGUCUAAGAAUUGCAAAGAGUCAUCACAAAACUCCCCAAUCCUCUCAAUCAACGACGAAGUCGCCCGCACCAGCAGCUACCAAAGCUUCAGCUCCGACGAUUAGCAUAGGUACAGGUCUGCAAGACCACCACGAGCAACCAUUCGAUCCCACGCCACCACGCGUGCGAGAAGGGCUUGCGCACGAACAUCUAGCUACCUCGCCACCUCCAAUACCUACAGCCGCACCGGCGGCUUCAACUCCCGUGCGGGAAGGAGAGUCGAAGGGAAACCACGUUGUGACAUCGGGUCAGGGUACUGCUACCACCACUCCCGCAAAAAUGGCUACAGACGAAGACUACAUGUCAUUUCUCGACAAGGCGAAUAAGGAUCCCAAUGAAGGCGUUGCGAAGACACAAGGGAGUGGAAAUGGGAAGAUGGAAUUCAAGGCUACAGAGAAGGGUGUGAAGGUCCCAGAGGUGAUUGAGAAGGUGCUUGGGAAGGGAGAGGCGUUUUAUGUCAGUGAUGCUGAUGAGCCCUUUGUGGGUGUCGCGUUGAAGUUGGAUGGGAAGGGGUUACCUGAUGAGGCUACAUUCGCCAAAUUAAUCAACCACCCAAAGCCCAACGAAGCAGAUGUUCAGAUCCUGGAUGUGGGUGAGUGGGAUACGCAGGGACAAUAUAAGGAUGUGGUGGAUGCUACGAGAGAGGCGGUUAAGGGGAGUGACGUGAGGGUUUAUAGAGUUGCGAAGGAUGGUUCGAGGGUGGAGUAUUGGAUUGUUGGAGUUGAGGGAGGUCAGUUGGUGGGUGUUAAGGCUUUGGCUAUUGAGAGUUAG